AUGUCGUCUGCAAAUCAAUCUAAUGGAACAACUAACGCAUCUGUAGAAGUAGUUUCCGAAAAUGGCCCUAUGCCCAUAAAUGUGAUGAUGCAAGAAGGUGUAAAAGCUUUGACUAAAAUUCUUUCUAAUCAGCUUCAGGACAGGCAAGCUUUCCACAAUGCCCCUCAUGCUAUGCAAUUCGUUAUAAGAAACGGUGGAAAGGUAUUAUCAAAUGCGCGACUGGAAGAACUCAAAGAUGCGCUUCCUAAGAUGGAUUCGUUGAGUCUAGAAGACGAACUUGCAAAAAUAGAUAAUCAAAGUACGUACCAUGUCAAUUCUGCAGAUGAUAAGGAAACUUUCGAAAGAGAAAUAGGACAGAUUACAACGACAAAUAAUACUGACUUUAUAAUAGACCGUGAUUUGCAAAAAAUUCUAGAUGACGAUUUGAAAGAUCCAGAACUUCAUUUAAAUGGUGAAGAAGCCGAAAUAAUAUUUGAUUAUGAAAGCCAAGAACUAGAUACACCAGAUGGCAUAGGGGAGAAGAUUUCUCAAAUGAUAGAAUCCGUACUGCCAGGAGGAUUUGGUACUGAAGAGCAGGGAAGAUUGCGAGCUGUAAUGAAUGGAGAUGAUUUAGACGUUGAAGAAGAAAUUAACGAAACUGAUCGCGAUAUUGCGGAUACAGCUGGUUUGCAUGGAGACAGUCAACAUCCUGCCUCUUCAAAGAAACACAAUAAAUCUAAGCACUCUAAAAAAAAUGGGCACGUAAGGCGACAUGACUAUUAUGAUGAAUCAAGAGACCAUAAGAGUUGUUGCCCUCACCAUCAUUAUGAAAAUUUAUCGAAACUGAGAAACUAUUACUACCACGACUUUGAAUACAUAUCCAAAACCGACAACCGUACUCCGGAUUUUUCCGUUCUGGUAAACGAAUCAAAGCCUAUGUGUUUAUUUUGUGAGUACUACAUGGUAUUUGGGGAACCGCCGCGUAAUAUGAUUAAGUGGUAUAAUCGUACAUUUGGCUAUAACCGGAUGCCGAACCCGCCAAGGGAUGAACAAGAUAGUAGGAAAAGGAAUAGAUAG